AUGUCGAAAAUCUCAAACCUAGACUAUGUUGCCCUUAAUCUCUCUGGAGACAACUAUUUGCAAUGUGCACUUGACACAAAGAUUAACUUGAGGUCAAAAGAACUCGGUGAUGCUAUCACCGAUGGCAACAAUGAGACUGAUAAGAAUCUAUACAGGGCUAUAAGUAUUAUACGCCACCAUCUCAUUGAGGUUCUAAAAGAUCAGUACCUCACCAUGGAGAAUCCACUAGACCUUUGGACCGCUUUACAGCGACGAUAUGAUCACCAGAAAACAGUGCUAUUACCAAGGGCUAAACAUGAGUGGAAGAAUCUCAGAUUCAUGGACUAUAAGUCUGUGGAUGAAUACAGUUCAGUAUUGUUUAAGAUAGUCUCAAUGAUGAGACUUUGUGGUGAGGAAGUAACUGAGAAAGAGUUGCUUGAUAAAACAUUCUCCACGUUCCAUUCGACGAACGUGUUGCUGCAACAGCAGUAUAAAGAGAGAGGCUUCGCCUCAUACACUGAUCUGAUCUCAUGCCUACUUCUGGCCGAGGCUAAUAAUGAACUCCUGAUGAAAAACAGUGAAAUGAGACCCAUCGGAACAGUAGCAUUACCAGAAGCCAAUGAGGCUGAAAAGAAAUAUCCCAAAGAGUGCAACCACGUCCAUGAUAAUAAGAGAUCACACGGCAAAUGCCGUAGUAGAUACAAAGGACGUGGCCGUGACAACUUCUCAUAUGGUCGGAAAGGAAACCACAAUAACCGUGGUCGUGGUUCCAGCUAUGGCCGUGGCCGAGGCAGUUAUGGUCGUGGUCGAGGCGGCAUAUCCAAACCGUCUAACUCGACCAAAUCAUCUUGUCACAGAUGCGGGAUGAUUAACCAUUGGGCCAAGAAUUGUAGAACCCCUAAACAUCUAUGUGAGCUCUAUCAAGAGAGCCUUAAGAACAAGAACCCGGAAGCCCAUAUGGUUCAUGAUACCGGGUAUGAUGCUGAUGAUGAUUCCGACCUUGAAAAGGACGACCUCUUGGAUUUUGAGACUUCUGAUUGUCUCAAAGACUAA